UGCUGGCCACUAGAGGGCGGUACUGUUUCGUACUCUACAGUUGCUGAUCUUCUCGGUGGAUAAACCGCGCAUGUGACGUCCGUUUUGCCCUCACAGUCAUGGCGGCGUGCAGGAGAGCCGGAGUUCUGCGUCGCCUCUGUCCGCUCCUGACCGCGCAUAGGAGUCCUGCGUGUGGUUAUCAUGCAGCGGUGCUCAGCAGGCCUCCCUUCAACACACUGCUUAUGAGGACACAGGCACCAGCACCCAUGUUUGUGAGGAACAUGUUUAUUCAGACUCAAGACACUCCAAACCCAAACAGUCUGAAGUUCCUUCCUGGCCGCAACGUGUUGGAGACGGGGACGAUGGACUUUGCGUCUCCCAGAGAUGCCUUCUGCUCUCCACUGGCCAGACAGCUGUUCAGAAUUGAUGGAGUCAAAAGCGUCUUCCUGGGUCCAGACUUCAUCACCAUCACCAGGACGAACGCAGAUAUGGAGUGGAAGGUGAUCAAGCCGGACGUUUUUGCUACCAUUAUGGACUUCUUCACAUCUGGACUUCCUGUUGUAAAUGAGGACGCGGCUCCAAGUGCAGACACUGCUCCCUCGGAUGAUGAUGACGAGGUUGUUGCAAUGAUCAAAGAGUUGCUGGAGACACGGAUUAGACCCACAGUGCAGGAGGACGGUGGGGAUGUGCUGUAUCGGGGCUUUGAGGAUGGCAUCGUGAAGCUGAAGCUUCAGGGCUCGUGCACCAGCUGCCCGAGCUCCAUCAUCACGCUGAAGAGUGGCAUCCAGAACAUGCUGCAGUUCUACGUCCCUGAGGUGGAGGGAGUGGAGCAGGUGAAGGGUGAGGACGAGGGAGUGGAACAGGAAGCCCAGCAAUGAGUGCAAGUUAGCGGGAAUCUUUCAUCUGGACUACAUUCCUGCUUCCUACAGUGCCCAGCAGCCCCGUCUCUCGCUGCUGUCCAGUGAAGUAGAAGAGGAACUGAGAACAGCACUCCAGUGAAUUGCAGUGGGCCAUUUUUCAGGGGUAGUGUAGAAACCACUUAAACAAGAAUUAAGCAGAGCUUUGAGAGAGCUGACGUUUUAUAGGUUAAUAAAGAACACUCAAUAAAACCUAAUAUACCUGCUGUUUAACAGAUCAUUAUGGGAUCCCUGCUUCCGUGAUUAUAUUUUAGCCCCCAAAAAUCCCACAAGAAAGUUUUUUUUUCUUUAAUUAUUUUGUUGAAUUUCCUUUUGUGUCGUUAUACUGUAUUAGCUGUGUGAAUGCCGCUCAUGGCAGAUUGUGUACCUCUCGUAUUUAUAGCACUUUCAGGGUUCUGCUCGAUAUUUCUUGCAAUAACUCAAGACGCACAAAUAAAACGGGAUGAUGUAUGUUUUCUCGCAAAAAUCUUUUAUUUCAUUGUUUGAAUAUAGAGCAUGUGUAUUAAGAGCAGCAAUAAAACAGUGCACAGAAAUAUUGA